AUGGGCAGCGUUCCUUGGGGAGGGCCAGCAUGGGCUGAGCUUGACGUUACCCGAAACUGCACCGCGUUCGGCGCCUACGCUGCUUGGGUCACGACAGACGACAACGAGCCGCCAUUUCCCACCGUCGCGAGCUUCUGGCGUGCUGUUGUUCCCGAGGUCAAUUCAACGCAGUCAAACAAUGCGCAAAUCAUCGAUUGGCAUCAAUGGGUUCGCUCGAACAGGACUACUCUGGCCCGUCAGGUGGCAGAAAUCUCGUCAUGUCGGCCGGAGUUGUGCCAGGCCAUUGGCUCCGAGAUUGACGGCGGCCUCGCUGGCUUUGGGCUUCUCGCCUCCUACGGUCUCGAAACCGUAUUGUUGACCAUCUACUGCACAUUUGCUCUGCUGCGGUACGUCAACAACCGAAAGCAUAGGGCUAGCUCGCCCAACGAAGCCCAGCAAUCACAUGAAGCUGUCAAGUCUGGCUUCGUCAGUCGCGUUAAUGAGGCUUUGAGAGGUACAACAUACGACCUCUUUACCGCCGCUGCAUUCCUCUCCCUCGGAAUCCAGGCUACUGUCAUCUACAGCCAAGUCUCUCCAAUUGCAUAUCGCUACAACUCCUCCUUGCAGCUCAUCGUGUCGGCCUUUGCGUUCUAUCCUUUGGCAACGAUGCUUCCGCUCAUCCUCAACUCUGUUCGUCGGAGUUGGCUCAAGGGCGCCGUUCUCGUCGGGUUGUUCGUCAUCCACACCGCAGCUUGGGUGCUCUGCACGAAUAACGCCCAGGUAGACUAUUAUCACAACUCCAACGUCAUCGGCCUUUGCCCCCAAAACCAUCCAUCACAGUCUGUUGUAUCAGCGGCCAUGUUCACCAUGGCAGCCAUGGUUUGGAUGCCACCGCUCUUUGGGUUGUGUCUUAGCGUCGUCCUAUGCUUCUACAGAUGCAACAAUCGCAAGAUGUGGCAGGCAAAAUGGUUCAAAAAGGUUGCUAAGGGGGCUAUGAUUAUGUACGCGUCCUUCAACUUCAUUUGCAUGUGGGGCGCUUGGAUCAUUCUCAUCGUGUUCUUUAGCGGCGCAUCGUGGAAGUCAGAGGAUGUUUGGAGUUUGGGGCAGGCACUUGCUCUCACGCCAUGGGUUCCAGUGCUGGUCGAACUCAUGUCCAUCUUCUUUCUUGGCACCGAGAUUGGCUUCGUUGGUCGUUUACCCCUGGAGUUCAAGGUCAUCCGCGGUGAGAAAGCUUUGCAUCGCCAAGAGGGGGAUUCCUUCUUGGACGAAGCUGAGGUUCAUGGCGGCAAUGGGGCUUGA